AUGGCCUCUCGUCACACAGAAGCAAAUGCAAAAGCUGCCCUUGACUUUUUCCUGAAGUUGAGCAAGGAUGAACACUGUGAAAGCAUCCUGUUCUCUCCUGUAAAUUUGGCAGUCGCCUUGAAAGUCCUCCUUUCUGGGGCCAGGGGCCACACAGCUGAUGAACUGCAAAAGGUAGGUAUGAUAUAAUACAUCAUCCCAGUCUUUUGAAGCCAAAUUCAAAGGGCAAACUUUAAUUUCAAUUUCAAUUCAAAGGCACUGCUUUAAUUUAUGUUUGCAAAGCUGAGAAAUGGUGGGCAUUUGCUACAGAUAGAAGCCUUUAUUGUGUGCUGGAAAUAAAGCACCGUUCUUUCCCCUUCUAGCUCUGAUCCAGAGAAACUUUAAACACAUGAAUGUCAUAUCCAUUAGGGAAAGGCCAUAGAUCAGUAGUAGGACAUCUGCUUUGAAUGCAGAAGGUUGCAGGUUCAAUCUCUGACACCUCAAGGUGGGUCUGGGAGUGACUUCCAUUUGGAAUUCUGGAGAGCUGCUGCCAACCAGGGUAGACAAUAUUAUUGGCAAUAAUUCAUUUCAUUUCUACACUGCAUUCUAUUUCUAAGAAAUAAUCUCAAAGAGAUUGACAACACAUUAAGACAUCAAAUAAGACAAAGCAGAAUAAGGCAUAACAGAAGACGGUCAAAUAUAAAGAGCACAUUCAAAGUAACGCAAUUAACAGGAAACUAAAAUUUCGUCUUAAAGACAAUAUUUGAGCUAGAUGGGCCAAUGUUUUGAUAAGGCCGCUUCUUACUUUCCUAUAUGUAGGAAGAGCUUUCAUGUCAAAACACAAACAUUUUGAAAAAUUAAAAAAAGGCUGCACACAGUCCAGAGAGAGAGAGAGAGAGAGAGAGAGAGAGAUUUCAAAUGUGAACUUCUAUGUGGCAUCAUAGUAAAAUAACGUUUUCCAGUUCAUUAGAUUUAACUUAAGUUUUCAUUAAAAUCAACUGUAUUGACUCCCUUGUUCUUGUAUUGUAAUUUUAAACUAUAUAUAUAUAUAUAUCUGCACACUGAUUUGUCUUUUGGAGUUCUUUCUUGUGUGGCAAUUGAUAUACUGUACAGUGGUACCUCGGUUUACGAACUUAAUCCGUUCCGGAAGUCUGUUCUUAAACCGAAACCAUUCUUAAACCAAGGCGCACUUUCCCUAAUGAGGCCUCCCACCACCGGUGCCCUUCCACCAUUCGGCUUCCAUUCUUAGACCGAGGUAAAGUUCUCAAACCAAGACACUAUUUCAAAUUUUGCAGAGUUUGUAAACUGUUCUUAAACCAAGGUACCAUUGUAUUUGUUAGCUCAUUUUGUUCACAUGAACUAGCCAGUGACAUCUUUCGGAAUAUAACAUUGAAUUCAACCAUGAAAAAGGAAACUGAACUAUAUUUGUUUGUGGAAGCAGAUAAAGAGUAAUUCCUACUUAAUUCAUUCCGAGAAACAUAGCACCAAUACUUGGUCUGCAAAGAGAAGUUGAUUGCUAAACCACUCUGAGAACUGAAGCUCUGUGAGGGAAAUACGGGGUCUCCUAAUGACUCUCAGCCCCCUUAACUACAGGUCCCAGUAGCCAUGAAUGUUUCAAAUGGGACAAUGCUGCCUUAAACAGAUGGGACCUGAGUUCCUUGCCUAUAGAAUAAUUAUUUGAGUGCAUUUUGGCAUGAACCAGCCUUCCACAGCCUCUUGUUGGACUCCAACUCCCAGCAGCCCCAGCCAACAUGACCAAUGAUCAGGAAUAAUGGGAGCUGUAGUCCAACAACAUCUGGAGGACACCAAGGUGGGAAGAGUUGGCAUAGCUUAAGUGCCCAUCCUGCUUCCUAAGGCAUAUCUGCACUUCAUGUUUAUGGCAAGGCAGGGUCACUUUGGGAUGUGCAUCAUGCUUCCAGAAUGUGGCACCCGUGCAACUCAUUCUCAUUUGAAUUGGAAAAUGUGGGAACCAGUUUCAGCACAACUCCAAAAUCUGCAUGAGUUAUGCCUAAGAGGAAGAGGUAUGUUUCCUGUCCUUGGCUUCCUCUUCAGUCUGUUCUUAGAUUUGUGCAAUUGGGCAGAGAAGACAAAAGUAGAUUGCAGAUUUAGAAAGCGAGGAUUGCAAAUUUAGAAAAAGAAAGCAAAAAUUAUUUUAUAUUUAUAUACAGUGGUACCUCGGGUUAAGUACUUAAUUCGUUCCGGAGGUCCGUUCUUAACCUGAAACUGUUCUUAACCUGAAGCACCACUUUAGCUAAUGGGCCCUCCUGCUGCUGUUGCGCCGCCGGAGGACGAUUUCUGUUCUUAUCCUGAAGCAAAGUUCUUAACCUAAGGUACUAUUUCUGGGUUAGCGGAGUCUGUAACCUGAAGCGUAUGUAACCCGAUGUACCUCUGUACAUCUAACUAUGUAACAGGGGAAGCCAUCUUAAUGUGCAUGGGUUGCUGAGCACCGUUGCACAAUGAAAUGUACCACCUACCACAGUAUUAUUUAUGACUGCAAACCAAAAUUCCGCAUUAGAUACUUCAUUUGGAAAAAGAGGAAGAACGUGGAAGAGGAUGUCCUGAAACUGCCAAAAGCUGUGGGACAGUGGACAGUAGGCAGAAAACACAGGGCCCAGCUCCACACCCUUGGGGCAUGACAGCACCUUCUCCUGAACUUGAAUCUGCACCUCGCCCUCAUAGGGUAUGCUUCUGUUCCAAACACAAAAGGCGCUUGAGAAAUGAGAGGGGAAUCCAUUCUGUUGUUUGUGGGUUUCUGCUUAAGUUGACCUAUAACCAGAGCUUUUUCCCCAUCCAGAGCUCAGAGGGGCUUAACUCUGGCACCUCUCAGGUGGGUGCCAUUGCCAUUCUAGGAGAACAAGGGAGAAGUUCACGGUGAGCUCUGGCACCUCUUUUUCUAUAAAAAUAGCACUGACUGUAACAACAUCACACCGACUGGACAGGACUGCUUUGUGGCUGAGGGACGGAUGUGUUAAACAGAUGAGUGUGCAUCCAGAAAGCAGGCAGGUUUUUAUUGUUGAAGGCUUUGAGGAAGCACAUUGCUAAUGUAGAAUUAAAUGAAAUUGAGCAGAAAAUGAAGACAUUGGAAUGGGCCAUAAAUCUUGCUACCUGGCACAACUGUCCUUCUAAGCUAGGCAUCAUUAUUUAUUUAUUAUGGCUUGCAUGAGGAAAAUGGUCUUUCCUCCAUUUUAUCCUCACCACAACACUGUGAGGCAGGUUAGGUGGAGAGACAGCGACAGGCCGAAGGCCACCCAGUGAGCUUUGUGAUGGAGUGGGGAUUUUAACCUGUUUCUCCCUGGUUCAGGUACUCUUAGGGGAUAAUAUUUUGGUCUUUUUUUUUUAUAUGAUGUGUUUCACCGUUUCUUGUUGUGUUAUUAGGAAGCUCCUGAUUAUGAAUGUGAGAUACCCGAAGGCAGCCAUAAGGAGUUCCACAAAAUCCUUGCUCAGCUUGACAAACCGAGCAGAAACUAUGAGCUGAGCUUUGCCAAUCAACUCUACGGAGACAAGUCUAUUGCUUUUGUCCAGGUAGGUUUGUCUUUGAUACCUUGUUGUUUCUUGCAUAGUGGUAUAUGGUGCACAGAGAAGGCUUUGCUGGAUCAGGCCAAAGGCCCAUCUAAAACCAUAGAAUUGUAGAGUUGGAAGAGACUCAUCUAGUACAACUCCCUGCAAUGCAGCUGUCCCAUACAGGGACCGAACCUGCAACCUUGGCGUUAUCAGCACCACACUCUAACCAACUGAGCUCUCCCAGGCUCUCUCUAGUCCAGCAUCUUGUUCUCACAGUGGCCAAAUGUAUGCAUAUGGGAAGGCCAUAAGCAGAACCAGAGUGCAACAGCAUUUUCUUCACUUGUGGUUCCCAGUCACUGGCAUUCAGAGGCAUGCUGCCACCAACAGUGGAGAUAAGACAUGACCAUCCGAUCGCCUUAUCCUCCAUGAAUUCGUCAAAUCAUUUUUAAAGCCAUUCAAGGCGGUGGCACGAUAACCUCUGAUGGCCCUACCCAACCCAGAUACCUUUUCACAAUUCCCCAAAUUUUAUGACACUUUCCAAACUUCAGUUGACCAAGCACUCUUUAGGAAUGCUAAGGUGCAAGACAGACUUUCAGGAUUAUCUGUCUUUUUGAUAGAGCAUUGAUAAAAUUAAAACUAUAUACAUAUAUAAGAAUCUGUUUAAAAUAUACAAAUACAGUGGUACCUCGGGUUAAGUACUUAAUUCGUUCCGGAGGUCCGUACUUAACCUGAAACUGUUCUUAACCUGAAGCACCACUUCAGGUUAAGAACAGGCUGCUGUCGCGCCGCCGGAGCCCGAUUUCUGUUCUUAUCCUGAAGCAAAGUUCUUAACCUGAAGCACAAUUUCUAGGUUAGCGGAGUGUGUAACCUGAAGCGUAUGUAACUUGAAGCGUAUGUAACCCGAGGUACCACUGUAAUUACAAUGAAAACAGCACAACACUAGCCCUUUCCCAAAAGCCUGUUGGAAAAAGGUCAUCACCAGCCUGAAGAAGGAUAGCAAUGAGGGAGCUAGUUUAGCUUCUCCAGGGAGGCAGUUACAGAAUCUGGGAGCAGCCACUGAGAAGGCCUUCUCCUAUGUCCUCGCCAAGCUUGGAAGGUGGCAGAACCAAGAGAAGGGCCUCUCCUGAAGAUCUAAGCCUGGGCCAGUUCACAUGAAGUAAUGAUGUCUUUCUAAGCCAGGCAUCCCCAAACUUGGCCCUUCAGAUGUUUUGGGACUACAAUUCCCAUAAUCCCUGACCUCUAGUCCUGUUGGCUAGGGAUGAUGGGAGCUGUAGUCUGGCGGGCCGAGUUUGGAGAUGCCUGUUCUAAGCAAACUAAAUUGAGAGGAGGGGCUAAAAAGAUGAAUUUCACACAAGGUUCCACAGCAAGAUGUGGCUAAAGCUGUUCUCAUAUCAGAUGAAAAGCACCAUUAGUGGAAGAAUUCAGCUAUUCCGAUUAAAUAGAGCUAUCUUGAUUAAUGGCCAUUGUCAAAUGGUAUCAUGAUAGGUCUCUGCUGACAAGGAAACGUUGGAGCCUCACAUUCUUAUUCUUAUUCUUGUUAUUAUUUCUUACCUGUCGUUCACCUUGAGAUUCCAUGGCAGGUUACAAAUACAAAAAUACAAAGCGGCUUAAACAGAUUACAAUCGAGAGAGAAAGGUGAGUCCUAAAAUAUGUAUCUGAAGGUAAGGAGGUGUGUCUUCAGCAUAGGACAAAAACAUAUAAGGAAGGUGCCACAUGCAUCUCAGUGGAAAGGGAAUGUCACAAAUUUAACUUAUAUAUGUCACAAUUCCCUGCAGUUAUUCAGCUUAAUCACCCUGUGAACCCUUUCUAGUCUAGGCCGACCUAGGUAAAGGUAAAGGGACCCCUGACCAUUAGGUCCAGUCGUGGCCGACUCUGGGGUUGCGGCGCUCAUCUCGCUUUAUUGGUCGAGGGAGCCGGCAUACAGCUUCCGGGUCAUGUGGCCAGCAUGACUAAGCCGCUUCUGGCGAACCAGAGCAGCGCACGGAAACGCCGUUUACCUUCCCGCCAGAGCGGUAUACCUAUUUAUCUACUUGCACUGGUGUGCUUUCGAACUGCUAGGUUGGCAGGAGUAGGGACCGAGCAACGGGAGCUCACUCCAUUGCGGGGAUUCGAACCGCUGACCUUCUGAUUGGCAAGUCCUAGGCUCUGUGGUUUAACUCACAGCACUGACCUACUUGUUGGUAAACAUGCAUAUAGGAUUGCACUGUUGACGUUGUCUGUGAGAGUUUGGUCUACUUGAGUUCUACGUGUACCUGCCUUUUUACCAUAUAUGUUACGAUGUAAUUUCCUGGUUGUUGCUGUUUUUAUGUCUUUACGCUUAUCCCUAACUCUAACCCAUUGGGGAAGAAUCUGCAAUCUCCAUCUUGAAACUCAAUCUAUAAGCAGACCUCCUGGCUAUAUCAAUCCAGCUUUUCUGUUUGUUUUUGACUUUGAUAUAUUCCUUCAAAAGCUUCUUCCCUCCUGUACAGCAAUUCCUGUUCUGCGCAUUGAAGCAGUAUCUGAUGGAGGUAGACAGUGUUGACUUCCACAAGGCUCCAGAAGAGGCCAGAAAGCUGAUAAACUUAUGGGUUGAAGUCCAGACACAUGGUAUGAGCAAGUCAUCUGUCUGUCACUUGAAUGCUUUAUUAUAUUUUUUAAUUGGUUGUGUGCACACCAUACAAGAAAAACACCUGCCAAAGAACCCUGGAAACUGUAAUUUCUUAAGGGUGUUGGGAAUCAAAGUUUCCAGGAGACUUUGGCAGGAAAUAUGCUUUGAAUGUGCGGUGUGCAUGCAGUCAUAGUGUCCUAGGAAUUGAAACUUUCUCCCACAAAUUGUGGUUCCCUCCAGAUGCUGUUGGACCAAAACAUCCGUCAGCCUUAAUCAACAUGGCCAGUGAUCAGGGAUGAUGGGAGUUGUAGUCCGACAACAUCUAGAGACCACCAGGUUGGAGGCUGCUCUUAGCAUUGCGCCACAUUGGAAGUGUGAAAAGAGAAAAUCCGAGUAACUUAUUUGUUUUGUGAGGCCCUAUCUGUGCAGUAUCAUACCCGAGUCUCUUGGGCAGAGGGGUUGACUGCUAAGCCACUCUGGGAAUUGUAGCUCAGUGAGGGUAAUAGCAUACCCCCCUCAACCAUCCCAAUUUUCCCAGGACAUCCUGGAAUCACAGAAGCCACCCCAGCUUCUGACUGGAUGCUGGAAUGCCCUGUUUUAGUACUGUGCUCUUGUGAGACAAUAUAACACCGCUCCUGAAAGACCUACAUUGGCUCCCAGUACAUUUCCAAGCACAAUUCAAAGUUCUGGUGCUGACCUUUAAAGCCCUGAACGGCCUUUUUCUAGUAUACCCGAAGGAGCGUCUCCACCCCCAUCGUCCAGCCCAGACACUGAGGUCCAGCUCCAAGGGCCUUCUGGUGGUUUCCUCACUGUGAGAAGUGAGGAAGCCCGCCCUGUGGAACGCCCUCCCAUCAGAUGUCAAGGAAAUAAACAACCACCUGACUUUUAGAAGACAUCUGAAGGCAGCCCUGUUUAGGGAAGUUUUUAAUGUUUGAUGUUUUAUCGUGUUUUUGAUAGUCUGUUGGGAGCUGCCCAGAGUAGCUGGGGAAACUCAGCCAGAUGGGCAGGGUAUAAAUAAUGAAUAAUAAACUAUUAUUAUUAUUAUCUUGCACAGGAGCAUGGCAUCAAAGGAAGUGCGUCCCAAUUUUAAUCAGCAGAAUCUUAGUGUGUAACAAGGGCCUCUUAACAAACUAGCACAGGUUCGCUGUGAGAGCCAGUGUGGUGUAGUGGUUAAGAGCGGUAGGCUCGUAAUCUGGGGAACUGGGUUCGCAUCUCUGCUCCUCCACAUGCAGCUGCUGGGUGAACUUGGGCUAGUCACACUUCUUUGAAGUCUCUCAGCCCCACUCGCCUCACAGAGUGUUUGUUGUGGGGGAGGAAGGGAAAGGAGAAUGUUAGCUGCUUUGAGACUCGUUCGGGUAGUGAUAAAGCGGGAUAUCAAAUCCAAACUCCUCCUCCGCUGUGGGGAACCAUGGCUGUUUAAAGUGCUAUGGUACUGCAUUAAACAGUGCAGAUGAGGCCUUACUACUGUAGUGCAGGGGGGAGCCCUGAGACACAAAGCUUAUGGCAGGCAUAGGCAAACUCCGGCCCUCCAGAUGUUUGGGAUUACAAUUCCCAUCAUCCCUGACCACUGGUCCUGUUAGCUAGGGAUGAUGGGAACUGUAGUCCCAAACAUCUGGAGGGCCGGAGUUUGCCUAUGCCUGGCUUAUGGUAUGCUCAAUGGAUAGAUUGCAGGCAGAAGUUAAUAUGGUAAAGUAAACCGUUUCCGCCUGUUCCUUAUUAAGGCAAAAUCCAGGACCUGCUGCCGGAAUUCAAUGACGAGAUUACAUGCCUGAUUGAUCUGCUGCUGGUGAAUGCCCUCUACUUCAAAGGACAAUGGGAAGUCCAGUUUGACAAGGAGCUCACCAAAGAAAGCUCCUUUUACUUGAACGAGGUAGUUCCAAUGCAUGUAUUUCAGCUAUGUGUUAUCCUCCUGCUAUCUGAUAAAGGCAAUUGGCAUAAUGGGGCAGAUUCUGAGGAAGGGAGCAUUGACGUUUGAAUACAUAGCCUCCAACUGCCCCAAGGGUGCUGGGUUUCUCACUAGGUCAUGCGGUCCUGAAUUUUGUAAGCAGGGAAAGGGAGCAGGAAAGGGCGGGGACACAGGGAGGAGGAGGAGGAGGAGGCCCCGCCCUUCAUGGUGGCACUGAGGGAUCCAUGGGGAGGGGAGGAGAGGGGCGCCAACAGGCAGACAGAGGCCCUUCGGAGGUAAUAGCUGCCAACCAUAGAGACUGCAUUGCUGCUGCCUUGUAAAUAUCCAUCGCGGGUGCCUCCUCCGACGUCCAAGGUGGGCUGAUGGAAGCCUUGCAGUUUUAUCAUCUAAAGCUCUCGCAUAUUGCCAAGACAUUUGCCGGUAUGGUAUUGUUACAUAGGGACGCAGGUGGCUCUGUGGGUUAAACCACAGGGCUUAGGCCUCGCCAAUCAGAAGGUUGGUGGUUCGAAUCCCCGUGACGGGGUGAGCUCCCGUUGCUCGGUCCUGCUCCUGCCAACCUAGCAGUUCAAAAGCAUGUCAAAGUGCAAGUAGAUAAAUAGGUACUGCUCCGGCGGGAAGGUAAACGGCAUUUCCUUGCGCUGCUCUGGCUCACCAGAAGCGGCUUAGUCAUGCUGGCCACAUGACCCGGAAGCUGUCUGCGGACAAACGCUGGCUCCCUCGGCCAGUAAAGUGAGAUGAGCACUGCAACCCCAGAGUCGGUCAUGACUGGACCUAAUGGUCAGGGGUCCCUUUACCUUUUAUUGUUACAUACUCCUCUUGGUAGCAGCCAUUGGGGCAGCUCAGCCAGCCCCUCCCUUUCCCCAUAUUCCAUUGGCAGUAUGAGUAUAUAGGGGGUGCAGGACGGGCGGAUAUACUGAUGUAGAAUAGAAUGUCUCCAUUUUUUUAUCUGAGGAAAGUCAGAGGCUAUGGAAUCAGCCUGGAAAAAAUAAUAGGCACUAAACGCACUGGUGACUUUACUGCUGCAGUCUAUAGGUAGAGCAACUGCUUAUGGUUCCAAGUUCAAUUCUUGGCAUCUCUAGGUAGGGCUGGGAGAAAACCAUGCCUGGUAUCCUGGAGAGUCUAUAAACAUCUAGAGGGCAUCAGCUUGGGGAAAGCUGACCUACUGUUACUGAGCUAGAGUAUUUGUCAUUAAAAUAAUUGCAUAUUCUUCCUUUGUUAUUCCCCAUUCCAUCAGUAGUUUCUAUGUAUAUUUUUAUACUGUAAGCCCUUAUUUCUAGAUUGUAGCAAGUUGCCAAACCUGCUCCUUGCAAAGCACCAUGUACAAAGAUGUUACUAUCUUAUUUAUUUAUUUAUUUAGAUUGUAUGAUUUACUACAAGGCUCCAGGCCCCCAAACAAGGAAUAUCUCUUUUGGCAACUGUAAAACUUGUUGUUGUUGUUGUUGUUGUGUUGUUUAGUUGUUUAGUCGUGUCCGACUCUUCGUGACCCCAUGGACCAGAGCACGCCAGGCACUCCUGUCUUCCACUGCCUCCCACAGCUUGGUCAAACUCAUGCUGGUAGCUUCGAGAACACUGUCCAACCAUCUCGUCCUCUGUUGUCCCCUUCUCCUUGUGCCCUCCAUCUUUCCCAGCAUCAGGGUCUUUUCCAGGGAGUCUUCUCUUCUCAUGAGGUGGCCAAAGUAUUAAAAUUACUUUGCUUUAAAUAUGUUGAAGGCUGGCACACUCAGUUUAGUGCACAGCAAUAAUUUUCCUCCCAUGUUCCACGUUUAACGAGUCAUUCCCCACCCGAAAACCCUUAAUAUUUUUACUAAGAUAUGUUUUCAAUAACUUGUUGAGCUUAAGAUGCAUAGGCACAACAACAACAACAUUUGCACUGAAAUUGUUGCACAUUCCCUCUCUGGCUCUUUCCUCGUUUCAAGUGGAGUCACAUCUGAACAAGUCAACAGCUGACAAAAUUAACAUUAAAAUAAACCUUGUAUGCAAGAAAUAACUCAUAAUAAAUAUUUGCCUUUGUAAACAUCAGUUUCCUUGCUUGAUUUAACACUGUUAUGGCCUCUGGCUAACCAGGAAAGUCUCGCUAUAUUAUUAACUGAGGCUUGCCAUUUCUUACAGAGAGACACCAAAACUGUGGAGCUGAUGCACAGAAGAGGCCACUAUAAAACGGGAACAAUUGAAAGCUCUCAGGUCCAGUUCCAAGUGCUUGAGAUCCCCUAUAAAGAUCAUGAACUGAGUGUGUUCAUACUGCUGCCCAAAGAUUACAACCCCAGUUCUCUUCAACAGGUAACGUUUUGGUGUCUGCUAGCUCAUUCAUGAAAUGUAACAUCCUUUUGUAAUCUCACUGACUUAACCUUUGCCCUGUAGCUGGAAGAGGAACUGUCCUAUGAAAAGUUAUUAGAGUGGACCUCUGAAACCUGCCUGAAGGUGGAAGAGGUAGACGUGGCCAUUCCCAAGACCAGACUUGAGAUGAGCAUCCCAGCCCUCAAAUUCUUGGAAGCUCUGGGCCUUCAUAAUGUGUCCAAUCCGGAAAAAGCUGAUUUGUCCGGAAUUACAUCAACUGAAAUGGUGGCUGUAAGUGAGAUUGUGCAUGGAGUUGCCUUAGAGAUGGAUGAAGAUGGUGGAAGGGAAGCACCACAUUGCCCCAGAGAUAGGCAUCCAGCGAGCUGGGCAGAUGUGCAGUUUGUGGCUGACCAUCCUUUUCUUUUCUUUAUACUGCACAAAUUCACCAACAGCAUCCUGUUCUUCGGUAGAUUUGCUGAACCGGAAGAAAACACAGCUUGCCAUUAACAAGCCAGGGAUAAGAGAAACAGAGUAAGGGCCACUUCAUAUGUCCUUUGGAAUGCACUUUCACCCUGACUUGUGCUCAGAGUGGUUUUGGGGCAGCGGCCCAUGGUCCUGUUUUCAAUUCUGUUUGUUUCUGCAAAUGUUUAAUACAGUGGUGCCUCGCAAGACGAAAUUAAUCCGUUCCGCGAGAGUCUUCGUCUAGCGGUUUUUUCGUCUUGCGAAGCAAGCCCAUUGACGGAUUAGCGCUAUUAGCGCUAUUAGCGGUUUAGCGGCUAUUAAAGGCUUAAAGGCUUAGGGGAUUAGCUGCUAAAAGGCUAUUAAAGGCUAUUAAAGGCUUAGCAGAUUAGAUAAAGGGGAAAGCGAAAAAAAUAACUCUAGACUCGCAAGAUAUUUUCGUCUUGCGAAGCAAGCCCAUAGGGGAAUUCGUCCUGCGAAGCAACUUCAAAACGGAAAACCCUUUCGUCUAGCGGUUUUUCCGUCUUGCGAGGCAUUCGUCUUGCGGGGCACCACUGUAAUGGACAUACUGGUCAAUUGCCAAUCAGUGUAUGUCCUGUACUCCUGUAACUUUUCAUACCGCAAAUGUUCUGGGUUCCCCCUGGCUUCCUGCUUUUGUUGCUCUAUAUGCCCUUCUAGAUGGCAGUAAUGGGGCAGUAAUGUUGGAUCAACCCAUCAGCCCCUGAAGGAGCGUCUACACCCACCACAUUUACAUAGCAAUUAAAACAAAUAAGACAGGCUGAAAGGCCAUGCUACAGCUUUUCAAAAGUAGUCCUCAAGCAUAACAACCAGGGCCAGAUUUAUGUAUAGGCUAAGUAGGCUGAAGCCUAGGGCUUCUAAAUCUAGGGGGCCUCGCCAGCCCACCCGCUCCCUAGCGGGCAAUCCCCCCUCUCCCAAAAUUGCAAACCCCAGACUUCACACAAAGGCAGGACAACUCAGGCCCAGCAACUAUGAGACUAUCAGGGCUAGCCAGUGGGGUCCAAUUUGAAGCAGUGGGGUGCAACUUGAAUUUUUUUUUUUUUGUAGGGCCCCAGUUCACAGCCAAAGUCUGCAAAAUCUUAUAGAUAUAAAUAAAAUUCAUCUAGAUUGCCCUGGUGCAAGGGGCCCCUUAGGAGCGGCCCGUGGGUCCCAACUUGGCCAAAUUGCUCCAAUUGCCUUAAGGUCAGCCCUGAUGAAACUGUGCAGGGGUGGACUGACAAGCCCUGCACCUUCUAGGUCCCUGGUGUCACUAUUCAGAUUACAGACUCAAGGACUUGUUAUGGAAAUAAAGGGAGGGGGCACUUAUUGGAAAUCAGUUUUAUCACCUUCCCCCUCCCAAACCCCCAGACAAUGAGCCCAGCCACCUUUUAUUCACAGUCGCAUAAGCACUACACUACAGCACGGCCAUAAACCUGUACAUUCAACCGCUGAAAUAUACACCCAGUAUGUAGCAAUGGAGAUUUAUGUUACUGCUUUAUGAAUGAAUACUGUGUUUUAUGAAUAGACUCUGUAUUUUGUGAAUUACCUAAGAGCCACCAAUAGGGAGCUCUAGAAUCUGACAGCUAACCAAGUGGGUACUGUUAUGAUAUGGAUGCAAUGCAGCUGCAAAUUGCUAGCUUGAAAACAUCACAUGAUGGGAAUGUUGGGACUGUCCGUGGGAAACAGUGGGACAGUCAGUUCACAGGGCAAUGCACCGGAAUUUGCUCAGAGUGUUAUAUGAGGUCUUCCUCUUGCGUAUGUACAGGAAGUACUGGAAGUCUUUGUCACUUGACUGCUGGAGCUUGAAGUGAGCAGACAUGUUUUUUGUAAUGCUGCAAAGACAGAAAUAAAGGCAUGUAAAAACAUUUCUGUCUAUCUCCUUUCCCUGCCAGGAGAGCAGGAGGGAGGGGGUGUGUUCUUCCCACGCUGAGAAGAAUCGCCUAUCGCAACCUAGCCUGGAUCUUGCUGGGGAAUGCAGCCAGGGAGGUCAACAGGAGACCAAGCCGAGUGCCUGGGAGAGUUGCCAGUUUCUCCCGAUAAAGGCUUGAUUUCCAACAGGCACUACCCAACAGUGACCCCUAUUGCUGAAAGCAGGUAACCAGCCGGGAAUGCUUCAACUCAGCCUCUGCACUGUUGACUGAACAACCCCUGCUGUGCAGAUAAUGGAGAAAGCUCAUAAAUUGUAUCCCUUCUGGCAUCCUGGCCAACUCUAUUGUGCUGGUGUAAAACAAGUGUAAACCCUGCUGCAACCCCAGAGUUGUCCGCGACUGGACCUAAUGGUCAGGGGUACCUUUACCUUUAACCCCUGGUGCACCAGAAGCCCAGAAUAGCAGCAGCAAAAAAAAUAAAAUCUGCUCAUACAUCAGCGACUGAUAAGACUUGUCAACCAGUUCUUCCAAAGUCUUCCUAAAUUAUAAAGCUCCAAAAUACAGGCCAAAAGAGAGCAGGUCUGGGAAGAGCGAGGCAUACAAUGGGCACCACCAGUGAAAAGGCCCUGCUCUGUGUAGCUCCUGCCCUGUCAUUUGAUAGGGUGCCCACUUGCCCUUCUUCUUGACAUGGAAUGCUCUCUAUUGGAGUCUCCAGGCCCAGUACAAGGACCAUAAGAAGGGAGAGCAGGGACCUUGAAGUUCCCAACAGCUGUUAAUCAAGCAAGCAAGCACACAGGUCACCUUUGUCACAGUCAGGACGCCUAUGUCCAGGCCAGGCCUGUGCCCAAUCUUGUUUUUGUACAAUCUUGUUAGUUCUCAGUAACCAAAAUUAUAUUAUCAACAUAUACAAGCAGAAAAGUUGUUUUCCUUCAUUUGCAAGGAAUCGUACAAAACAAAGUGGCACUAAUAAAACUAUGCAGCAAUAUCAAGACUGAGGAAAACUGGUGCUAUUAACAGUAAUCCUUCUAGUUGGUUAAUUGGUUUGGCAACUUCCAUGCACAUGACAUGUGAUGCUAAUUACUUCCCCAAAGAGUUAAAUGAUAACUAAUCAGAGGCAGCUACCAUUGCAAAUGGCAGCAAAAUAUCUGUGAAAGGAAGAGGAGCAGGUUUGCUCAAGUGUGUUGCAGGUAGAAAUACUGUUUGUAAUGAAGUGAGAGCAGUAGUUUACUUGCUCAAAUUAACAUACAAGAAAGUUUUGAGAAUUUAAAUUCUAGAUUAAAAUUGAUUACUUCAUUGAGAAGGGGAUUGUAACAAAAACACUGGGGCCUAAUUUGAAUAGUAGAGUGCCUGGUAUCUGGUGGGCAAUCCUUUAUUUCCACACUGUGGCUGCAGAUCAAAUCACCUGCCAGGAGAGUUAUAAGAUUCAGGUGAGGUUCAGAUCCCUUGUCAAUCCCAGCAGGUAUAUAAGAAGAUGACCAGCCUGGCCAGGUCUUUGCCCUGGCCAUUCAAAUGAUGUGUGUGCACAGUGUUCUAUGAUUGCUUAUGUGGGGUGGCACUUACCUGCCCCCCCCAAUAUUUUAUUCAAGUCGGCCACCCCUAUAUCUUUGUUCCUUUCUUUUCAGUGUGUGCUUCCCUUUCUAAAAGUUCUUGUUAGGGUUUACCUUUUUGCAACCUCACCCACUCCUUUGGGAGGAAGGGCAGGAUAUACUUGUCACAAAUAUUCAUAAUAAUUAAAUAAUAAAAUGCUUGCUUCUUGUAAACCAUCGGCCUCUAACCUUUUGACAAUAAGGACAUGGAAGCAGGUCACAUCAAAGAUCCACUAUACAUGCAGGCUCUGGAGCAACAUGGAUUUGGUAAGCCUCAAUGGGCAAGGAAAAAAUAACAAUCAUUUCGGAGGGUGAGGCCAAUGUAAACCCACAGAGACAGACAAUAUGUUUUGGUAAGUCACACAUCACUACCAUUUGUCUCUUCAAACCAGGGACAGGGAGCCCGCGGCUCUCCAAGUGUUGUUGGCCAAUAACUCCCAUCAUCCCUCACCAACUACCAUGUUGGUUGGGCCUGAUGAGAUUUCUGACCUGCAUAAAUUUCUCCACCGAUCUCCCACCCCAAAUCUCAAAGCCCUCCCAUGUUUGUGCGUAGGUGUUUCCACUUUUUGUGUGUAAUGAACGCUGCCGCACUGGUCAUCAUAAGAAGAAGGAAGAGAAAACGUUCAGCAUGUCUGCCAACCUGUCUGGAAAUAUUCGCCAACUUCCCAUGGCAAAUCUAUUUUCCUUUGCCUGA